AUUUCUGAAUUUAAAUUAUGUUGACCUCACUGUCCCAGUUCAGUGGAAUCACCUCUGCUUGAAGACCAAAAACGCUACUGCAGUUGCUCGGCUAUGGCUGCAGUGGGUUCGAUCCAGAAGACGGAGGAAGAGUGGCGGGCUAUUCUCUCUCCGGAGCAGUUUCACAUCCUUCGGGAGAAAGGAACUGAGUUGAAAUUCACAGGAGAAUAUGAUAAAUUCUUUGGUGAAGGAUUUUACAAUUGUGCUGGUUGUGGAACACCACUUUACAAAUCAGGUACCAAGUUUAAUUCUGGCUGUGGUUGGCCCGCGUUCUUUGAAGGUCUUCCUGGAGCCAUAAAUCGGAGUCCUGAUCCUGAUGGGAGGAGAACUGAGAUUACAUGUGCAGCUUGUGGAGGUCACUUGGGGCAUGUUUUUAAGGGUGAGGGAUUCAAAACUCCAACAGACGAACGCCACUGUGUUAAUAGCAUUUCAAUCAAGUUUGUUCCUGGAAAUUAGUCUUCACAUGUGAAGAUGAUAAAUAUUGUUGUGAAAAGACUCUUACUUGAUGUGCUUCUGUCUUUCUAUUGUUAAAUUUGUUGAGCCUAUAUCAAUAAUAUAUGGGACAGAGUUGGGUGAUGAUCUUAGCUUGUUUAUAUAUAUAUCUUGAAUUUUUGUUUAGUUA